UUAUGACAUUAAUGUUUCACUUGUUUCUCAGACUUGAGCUGGUACACAGCUAGAUUUAUUCAGGCAUGGAUUUAUUCAAUCCCAGGAUUGGUUGGAUAUCUUUCAUCAUAUGGUUUCUGCAUGUGCUUGUCUGUGAGUGUGUCCCGCUGCCAGACUCAGACCCUCCGAUGUAUGGAGAGGUCCAUUCCCCCCAGUAUCCUCAACCCUAUCCCCCCAACCUGCAGAAGCAGUGGGACCUCAGUGUGCCAGAGGGCUUCAAGAUCAGCCUUACCUUCACACACCUGGACAUCGAAGCCUCUGCGGGCUGUUACUACGACUCAAUUACAGUUCUACAUGAUGAAAAGCUGCUUGGAAGGUUUUGUGGUAAUGAGAACUCUGCUGAUGGACAUCACCCCGGGUACCAGCCCAUUCUGUCUCCAGGCAACAGACUCACCCUGAUUUUCCAGUCAGACGACUACAACCCGGAUCGUAAUCAGAACGUGGGAUUCUCCGCUCAGUACCAAGCAAUAGACAUAGAUGAAUGCUCAGCACCAGAACCUGAGGAUGGAUCAGGUCCACUCUGCUCUCAGAUCUGCCUCAACACACUUGGGUCAUAUCUCUGUGCUUGUCACCAUGGCUAUGAGCUGCGUUCAGAUGAGCGCACCUGCAUCUUAUCCUGUGGCGGCGGUGUAUUUGAUGAGCCAGAGGGGUAUUUGUCAAGUCCAGGUUACCCAAACCCCUCGCCUCAAGCUUUGUCCUGUCAGUACAUCAUUUCUGUGGAGUCGGGCUUCUCUGUCUCUCUUAACUUCUCUGACAAGUUCCACAUCGAGAGUGUGGACACAGAGGAAGGCCAAAAGUGUCUCCAUCACUGGUUAGAGGUGAGCAUCCCAGACAGAGAGCCCAUGAGGCUGUGUGGGGGAACAAGCCCAAGAGUAAUAGACACAAAUUCAAACAUCGUCAAGCUGGACUACCACAUUGAUGAUCAAGGACAGAGCAAUGGAUGGAGCCUCGACUACAGCACAUCCAGAGUCAAGUGUCCAGUUCCCGGUAACGUAGCAAAGGGACGGGUCACUCCUACCUUAACUGAAUAUUACUACAGAGACCACAUCUAUGUGCGCUGUGAUCAAGGAUACAAACUAAUGAUGGAUGGUCAAGAAAUUAAGAGCUUCUCUGCGAUGUGUCAAAGUAACGGAAAGUGGCACCUCCCACUGCCUGAAUGCCACAUAAUUGAUUGUGGAGAACCUGACCCUCUGCUGAACGGAGGAGUAGCUUUCCUGUCUGGCUUCCAGAAUCAGUAUCUUUCUGUUGUUCAGUAUCACUGCAAUGAACCGUUUUAUUCUCCAUAUGGCGGCAAUAAUGUUUCCCUCACCUGUGAAGCAGAUAGACAUUGGAGAUCUAACGAUGAGGAUAUUCUAAGACCAAUAUGCCUGCCAGUUUGUGGUCGGCCAACAAAACCCAUUGAGAAUCCCACUGGGAGGAUCAUCGGAGGAAGUGAUGCUCCAAAGGAUACCAUCCCCUGGCAAGCUCUAAUAAACAUAGAUUCAAACAGGGGGGGUGGUAUGAUCAUAGCAGAUCGCUGGCUGUUGACUGCAGCUCAUGUAGUUGUAGCUAAUGGACAAGUAGCACCACUUGAGUCUGUAAAAAUUUACCUCGGAGAUACAAAUGUUCACCAGCUUAUAGCAAGCCCCUCUCUGAAUGCAACCGCAAUCCAUGUUCACCCUGAAUACAAUAACCCAGACAAUUUUAACUACGACAACGACGUUGCACUGAUAAAACUGCAGGACCCAGUCACAUUUGAUGCAUCAAUUAUGCCGCUGUGUUUACCAGCAGAGGAUGACACAUAUGACACAGGACUAAUGGGGAUGGUAUCUGGCUUUGGUGUUAGAGACAACGGCACAAAGCGUUUUGUUACAAAUACGCUGAAGUAUGUGCAUGUGCCAGUGGAAGAUCAGGAAAUAUGCAGAAAGUCUUUGAAGCGAAGGCCUGGUACCAGAACACCAAUACUGACAAACAACAUGUUCUGUGCUGGCCUUCCUGAUGGUGGAAAGGACUCAUGCCAGGGCGACAGUGGGAGUGCCUUCACGCUACAAUCUGAAAAUGGACGAUUCUGGGCUGCUGGGAUUGUCAGCUGGGGGGUUAAAUGUGGACAGAAAGGAACAUAUGGGUUUUACGCCAAGGUAGCAAAUUAUAUAGACUGGAUUAACAAGAUCAUGCAGGAGAAUUGAGUUUAAUGAAGAAUGAACACAACAACAACUGAAGCAAUAAGACAAAAUUAAAAACACAAUCAUUAAAAGCUGAUUUAACAUAAUGAGAACUUUUAGAUACAAAGUCUCAAAAGCCAUUAAAAAUAUGCUGUUAGUGUGGAAUGAACCCUAAAUAGAAAGUUAUUAGAAAGUCUUUACCUGUUGAAUAAUCUUCCAGUUGUUCAAAAACUUUAAUUAAAAAUAAAGUGGUUUAAUACAGA